GGAAUACAGGGAACAGAGGGGAGGCUGAAGAUGUGCAAGUAAAUAUGAGGGACAGGAGGGAUGAAUGGGGAUACAGGGAGAGAGGGAUGUAGGGUAUGUGGGGUGCAGGAGGAGAUGGAGGAUGGUGGGGCAGGAGAAUGUGAGGUGCAGGAGGAAACUGAAGAGAGGCAAGAGAGGGCUUGGAAACAUCUUUCAGGUGCAAGGGAAAAUGUGAGGGGUAAGAUGCUAUAAAGUUAUAGGGAGGGAAACUGGGGGCAGGAGUGUUGGAGGCAGAGGGGUAUAAUGUGAGUGGGAAGAGGAGACUUGGUGGGGUUGAUAAGGUGUUGACGGGAGAGAAAUAGGUCAAUGAUAGGGGAGGAGAGUGGAGAAGCAUUGGCCAGUGGCUCCACCAUUCUAGGAGUUAAAGGGGUUAGGAGGAGUCCCCCUUGGAGCCCUCAGUGGUGAGGCUGCAUUCUGAUUGUGUGCUUCACUUUGAAUUUUGACCCUGAAAUGAUCUCACACACAGUGGAGCCAGGCAUUUCCUGCUAAAGAAUGCAAAACCAAAAUGCAGUUCAGAACCUCACAUGGGCUUACAGAUCAUUAGAGGUUUUUCUUUUUUUAGAAACUUGUGAUUUUUUGGGGGAGGUCAGACUCAUGACCAAAGGGGAGAUUUCCAGAAGAAUUAAUGUGCUGACCAAAUGUACUGGCGGCAGGUGAGCGAAGUACGGAACAAGUGGGGAGAGUGCACACGUGCCAGAAAUGAAGGAGAGGGAGAGAGAUCAGGGGAUUUCAGCAUGAGAGAAGAGACAAAGGGACAUGAGCCAAGAAAAGGAGGGAACUGGGAGGAAAGGAAGAGAUUUCUGGCCUGACACAGUUGAGAGCCGAGCGGCAGUUGAACCUCUCACAGUUGUGAGAAAAUUAUGAAGCCAGGGGAGAAAGUGAUCGGAUUUUGGGGCUAUGGAUUGUGCCGCUCUGUAGCUCCUCUUGGUCCCCAUUUUUUUCCUAGGUGCUGGGAUCCUGAGCAAAGCCGAUAUACAGCCUCAUGAGGAAGGGCCUGAAAGCUUGGAGCCUCCUGACAUGUUACAAGGGGAAUCAGGAGAGACUGCUUGCCAGAGUCCUGAGAGGAAGAAGACUGCGAGAAGCAGAAGAGGAACCAAGUCAGGAAUGGGUCAGACCCCUUAGGGAAGUGUGAGAACAGAUUCAGACUUCCCCAGCCACUUUCACAGGGCAGACCUGGGACCAUGGGAGAUCUUAAUAGCCAAGAGAAACCCCAUAAAUGUACAGACUGUAGGGAAAGCUUCCAUGAAAAGCACGAACUCUUGGCACAUGGGAGAGUCCACAGGAGGGAAAGAUCCCAUCCCUGCGCUGAAUGUGGAGAGAGGUUCAAGCAUCGGUCAGAGCUUUCUAAACACCAAAGAUCCCACAUGGGGGAGAGCCCCCAUUCCUGUGGGGAAUGCGGGAAGAGCUUCCGGCAUCUGGCUACACUUGCUGCGCAUCGCCAGAUCCACAUGGGGGAGAGACACCAUCCCUGUGGUGAGUGUGGGAAGAGGUUCAGCUGCCCCUCAGAUCUCAGCGAUCACCAGAGGUUGCAUGCUGCCGAGAGACGCUAUUCCUGCCCUGAAUGCAGGAAAGGAUUCAAUCACCCCUGCGAACUGAGUAGGCACCUGCGAAUGCACACGGGUGAGCGCCCCUUCCCCUGCCCUGAGUGUGGGAAGGGGUUCAGCCAGAGCUCAGAUCUCAACAAACACCUGCGGGUACACACGGGUGAGCGGCCCUUUCCCUGUGCUGAGUGCGGGAAAAGGUUCAGCAAUAGGUCAGAUCUCAACAAGCACCUGCGGGUGCACACGGGUGAGCGGCCCUAUCCCUGCACUGAGUGUGGGAGGAGCUUUAGCCAGGUCUCCGCACUCACCCUACACCAGAGAACCCACACUGGAGAAAGACCCUAUGUCUGCGACGUGUGUGAAAAAGGGUACACGCACCCUUCAAACCUCAUUAAACACAAGAAAAUCCACAUGGGGGAAUGACCCUGGGGAAGGCUUUGCGGGGAGAGCGCCUCUGGUGUGCUGCCAGAGAAUCAGCAGCAUCACGAUGGCAGAUCCCAAGGGACAGAGCCUCCUUGCAGAUCGAGUGCCACCCAGACUGAUUUCUAGCUAGAGCCUACCAGAAAAUUCAGCUACACAAAUGAGACCUUGCUAGACAUGGACUUCAUUCCAGACGUAUGUGUAUAAUAAUGUGAAACUGAGGAACAGGAACCACUACUACAGAGUGUGAGAGACAUCGGCCCCUGCCCGACUUCCACCAUCUCCUCCCACAACCAGUGGUUUGAACCAGUGAUUUAAACCAGCACUGAGAAAUGAGGAAGGGCUUUCUCUGAAGAGUUGUCCACUGCCAGAAAUCCCCCAGCAGCAAUUAGUCCCUUACUUGCAUUUUACCAGUCGGGGGGUAUUUUAUUUUCAGAGCAUAUUUUUUGGCAAUUCAUGCUGUGCUGAACAUGACCAUAAUUCCUUUUCUUACUGCACCCUCUCCCUAAAUACUUGAUCCUGAACCAGUUACAGCCUGCGUUUUAAUGUGGAUUUGAUUGUUUGGUAUCAUUAGGCCCAGUUUUUCCUUCCUGGAUUCAUUUAAAACUCCAGUUGUUAACAGAAAAAUUAAUUACAAUCUAAGAUUAGGAGAGACCCUGAAUUUUCCCAUUUUCAGUGACUUGAAAUGUUUGCAAACUCUGACUUUAUUGAAACCAGUCUAGGAAACUUUUGUUCAGGAUUCAAAAUAAAUGUGUCCUGAGCUCCAA